CUCGACUACAAUCGUGCUUGGCUUGUGGACGGCCUUCACGAUCUUCCUUUUAUCUUCGACUCGAAUCACGUCUCGAGUCGUUUCGACACAUGAACAUCUUUUUCCAUCGUUGACUUGACAUCUUCGCCUUUAGACGACCCCUAUCGUGGUCCUCACUUUAAUACUUCGUCGAUUAAUUUUCCAAAGUUUUCUGGACGUCUCAACAAACCGUCAUUAUGCGUCCCGAAAUUGAGCAGGAGCUCGCGCACACGCUCCUGGUGGAGCUACUUGCAUAUCAAUUCGCCUCUCCAGUGAGAUGGAUCGAGACCCAGGAUGUCAUUCUCGCUGAGAAUACUACCGAACGGAUUGUCGAAAUUGGUCCCGCUGAUACACUUGGUGGUAUGGCCCGGAGGACCAUUGCUUCCAAAUACGAGGCCUACGACGCUGCCCUCUCCGUACAGCGUCAAAUUCUCUGCUACAACAAGGACGCCAGAGAGAUUUACUACGAGGCUGAUCCCGUAGAGGACGAGCCGCCGGCGGCUGCCCCUGCUGGAGAUGCCCCUGCCGCUCCCGCCGCCGCCGCCGCCGCCCCGGCCGCAGCUGCUCCUGCACCCGCCGCAGGUGCUGGUGCAGGCCCUGCUCCUCAGGUCGCCGACGCUCCUGUGCCUGCCGUGGACAUUUUGCGGACUUUGGUCGCUCAGAAGCUUAAGAAGGGUCUCCAAGAUGUACCUUUGAGCAAGGCUAUUAAGGACUUGGUUGGAGGAAAAUCCACUCUCCAGAACGAAAUCCUUGGUGACCUGGGCAAGGAAUUUGGUUCUACGCCCGAGAAGCCCGAAGAUACGCCUCUCGAUGAGCUAGGUGCUGCUAUGCAGGCCACUUUCAACGGCCAGCUCGGCAAACAGUCAACCUCUCUCAUUGCCCGUAUGGUCUCUUCCAAGAUGCCUGGCGGUUUCAACAUUACCGCUGUUCGUAAAUACCUCGAGACCCGCUGGGGUUUACCUGCUGGUCGACAGGACGGCGUCCUUCUUCUGGCCUUGACAAUGGAGCCUGCCUCCCGUCUCGGUUCCGAGGCUGACGCCAAAGCAUGGCUCGACGAUGUCUCGAACAAGUAUGCUGCCCACGCCGGCAUCAGCUUGUCUUCACCCACUGCUGGUGGUGACGGUGGUGCGGGUGGUGGCGGCAUGAUGAUGGAUCCCGCUGCCAUUGACGCUCUGACCAAGGACCAGCGUGCUCUGUUCAAGCAACAGCUCGAACUCUUUGCGCGCUACCUCAAGUUGGACCUUCGUGCUGGCGACAAGGCCUUUGUCAACUCGCAAAAGUCUGAAGCCGCUCUACAGGCCCAGCUUGACCUCUGGAACACUGAGCACGGCGAGUUUUAUGCUACCGGUAUUGAGCCCACUUUCAGUCCCCUCAAGGCCCGUGUCUACGACUCGUGCUGGAACUGGGCCCGUCAGGACGCGCUGCUCAUGUACUACGACAUCAUCUUUGGCCGCCUUAAGGCUGUUGACCGCGACAUUGUCAGUCAGUGCAUCCGCAUCAUGAACCGCUCGAACCCUCGGCUGCUCGACUUUAUGCAGUAUCAUAUUGACAACUGUCCCACCGAUCGUGGCGAGACCUACCAGCUCGCCAAGGAGCUUGGACAGCAGCUCAUUGAGAACUGCAACGAUGUCCUUACUGAGGCCCCUGUCUACAAGAGCGUCGACAUUCCCACCGCUCCCCAGACCAGCAUUGAUGCUCGCGGCAACAUGAGCUUUGCUGAAGUGCCUCGCCCUAGCGUCCGCAAAUUGGAGCACUAUGUGCGUGAAAUGGCAGAGGGUGGCAAGAUCUCCGAAUACGGCAACCGUACCAAGGUUCAGAAUGACCUGCAAAAGAUUUACAAGCUCAUCCGUCAGCAACACAAGCUGUCUAAGUCGUCUCAGCUUCAGAUCAAGCAGCUUUACAGCAAUGUCAUCCGCUCUCUCGCCAUGAACGAAGGCCAGAUGAUCCCGUUGGAGAACGGCAAGGCUGCCAACGGCCACGCUCGCAAGCCUGGCCGCAACGGCACCCGAGGCUUGAAUGGCAAGCAGGGUAAGGUCGAGACCAUUCCCUUCCUUCACCUUAAGCGCAAGGAGGAGCACGGAUGGGAGUACAGCAAGAAGUUGACCGGUGUUUACCUCGACGGUCUUGAGAAGGCCGCUAGCUCUGGUGUCACCUUCCAGGGCAAGCAGGCUCUCAUGACUGGUGCCGGUGCUGGCUCCAUUGGUGCCGAGGUGUUGCAGGGUCUCAUCAGCGGUGGCGCGAAGGUCGUUGUAACGACCAGCCGUUUCUCGCGCGAGGUCACUGAGUACUACCAGGCCAUGUACGCCCGCUAUGGUGGCCGUGGCUCCCAACUCAUUGUUGUUCCAUUCAACCAGGGCAGCAAGCAGGAUGUUGAGGCUCUGGUUGACUACAUCUACGACACCAAGAAUGGUCUUGGAUGGGAUCUCGAUUAUAUUGUUCCAUUCGCUGCCAUCCCUGAAAACGGCCGCGAAAUCGACAGCAUUGAUUCCCGCUCCGAGCUUGCUCACCGUAUCAUGUUGACCAAUCUUCUCCGUCUCCUUGGCGCCGUCAAGGCUCAGAAGGCCGAGCGCGGCUUCGAGACUCGUCCCGCUCAAGUUGUCUUGCCUCUCUCCCCUAACCAUGGUACCUUCGGUAACGAUGGUCUCUACUCAGAGUCAAAAUUGGCGCUUGAGACCCUCUUCAACCGAUGGCACUCUGAGAGCUGGGGCAACUUCCUCACCAUCUGCGGUGCUGUCAUUGGCUGGACUCGUGGUACUGGUCUCAUGGGAGGCAACAACAUUGUUGCUGAGGGCGUUGAGAAGUAUGGUGUUCGUACCUUCUCUCAGCAGGAGAUGGCCUUCAACCUUCUUGGCCUGAUGGCUCCUUCGAUUGUCGAUCUCUGCCAAAUGGAGCCUGUCUUCGCUGACCUGAACGGUGGUCUGCAGUUCCUCCCCAACCUCAAGGAACUCAUGACCGACCUCCGCAAGAACAUCAUGGAAACUAGCGAGGUCCGUACCGCCGUUACCAAGGAGAACGCCAUCGAGCACAAGAUUGUCAAUGGCGACGACAGCGAGGCCCUCUACAAGAAGGUCACCGUCGAUCCUCGUGCCAACCUCAAGUUCCAAUUCCCCAACCUGCCUGACUGGAAGUCUGAGGUUGAGCCGCUCAACGGCAAUCUCAAGGGCAUGGUUGACCUUGACAAGGUAGUUGUCGUUACUGGUUUCUCGGAAGUCGGACCCUGGGGUAACUCUCGUACCCGAUGGGAGAUGGAAGCCUAUGGCCAGUUCUCUUUGGAAGGCUGUGUUGAAAUGGCCUGGAUCAUGGGUCUCAUCAAGCACCACAACGGUCCUCUCAAGGGCCAGUCGUACGCUGGAUGGGUUGAUGCCAAGACUGGCGAGCCCGUUGACGACAAGGACGUCAAACCCAAGUACGAAAAGCACAUUAUUGAGCACUCUGGUAUCCGUCUGAUCGAGCCUGAGCUCUUUAACGGCUACGACCCGAACAAGAAGCAACUUCUCCAGGAGAUUGUCAUCGAAGAGGAUCUCGAUCCUUUUGAGUCGUCCAAGGAGACUGCUGAGGAAUUUAAGCGCGAGCACGGCGACAAGGUAGAGAUUUUCGAGAUCCCCGAGUCGGGCGAGUACACUGUUCGCCUUAGGAAGGGUGCUACGCUUUUGAUCCCCAAGGCACUUCGCUUCGACCGCCUCGUCGCUGGCCAGAUCCCCUCUGGCUGGGACGCCCGCAAGUACGGUAUUCCGGAGGACAUCAUCUCUCAGGUCGACCCCGUCACCCUCUUCGUUCUCGUCUGCACUGUUGAGUCGCUGCUCGCCUCAGGUAUCACGGAUCCUUACGAAUUCUACAAGUAUGUCCACCUCACCGAGGUCGGUAACUGUAUCGGUUCCGGUAUUGGUGGUACCAGCGCUCUGCGAGGCAUGUACAAGGACCGCUACCUUGAUAAGCCCCUGCAGAAGGAUAUCCUCCAGGAGUCUUUCAUCAACACCAUGAGCGCCUGGGUGAACAUGUUGUUGAUCUCUUCGACCGGUCCCAUCAAGACACCUGUUGGUGCUUGCGCUACUGCCGUUGAAUCCAUCGAUAUCGGUUACGAGACCAUUGUCGAGGGCAAGGCUCGCGUUUGCUUCGUUGGUGGUUUCGAUGACUUCCAGGAGGAAGGAUCGUACGAAUUCGCCAACAUGAAGGCUACCAGCAAUGCUGAAGAUGAGAUUGCUCACGGCCGUACUCCCAAGGAGAUGUCUCGUCCUACCACUACCACCCGUAACGGCUUCAUGGAGUCCCAGGGUUGCGGUAUUCAGGUUAUCAUGACCGCCCGUCUGGCUCUUGACAUGGGUGUCCCCAUUUAUGGUAUCCUCGCCCUUACCACUACGGCCACCGACAAGAUUGGUCGUUCCGUACCCGCUCCCGGCCAGGGUGUGCUCACCACUGCCCGCGAGAACCCCACCAAGUUUCCCUCGCCCCUACUCGAUAUCAAUUACCGCAAGCGCCAGCUCGCCCUCCGCCGCAACCAGAUCAAGCAGUGGCAGGAGUCAGAGCUCUUGUAUCUGCAAGAGGAGGUUGCCGCCAUCAAGGCGGGUGGCCAGGAGAUCAACGAGGCCGAGUACUUGCAGGAUCGUGCCGAGCAUAUUGAGCGCGAGGCUGCUCGCCAGGAGAAGGAUGCCACAUACAGCCUUGGCAACGCCUUCUGGAAGCAAGACUCUCGCAUCGCUCCUCUGCGAGGUGCCCUCGCUACCUGGGGUCUCACCAUCGAUGACCUUGGUGUUGCGUCCUUCCACGGUACCUCAACCAAGGCUAACGACAAGAACGAGUCUGAAGUCAUCUGCGAGCAGCUCAAGCACCUUGGCCGCAAGAAGGGUAACGCCGUGCUUGGUAUCUUCCAGAAGUACCUUACUGGUCACCCCAAGGGUGCGGCUGGUGCCUGGAUGUUUAACGGCUGCUUGCAGGUCCUCAACACUGGCCUCGUGCCGGGUAACCGCAACGCCGACAAUGUCGACGAGGUCAUGGAGAAAUUCGACUACAUUGUGUACCCAAGCCGUAGCAUCCAGACGGAUGGCAUCAAAGCCUUCUCGGUCACUUCGUUUGGUUUCGGUCAGAAGGGUGCUCAGGCCAUUGGUAUCAACCCCAAGUACUUGUUUGCUACCCUCGACGAGGCGCAAUUCGAGGCCUACAAGAUCAAGGUUGAGGCUCGCCAGAAGAAGGCCUACCGUUACUUCCACAACGGCAUGAUCACCAACACUCUGUUCCAGGCCAAGGACAAAUCGCCGUACAGCGAAGAGCAGAUGCAGAGCGUUUUCCUUAACCCCGACGCCCGUGUCACCGCCGACAAGAAGACCAAGCAACUCACCUUCCCCGCUACACCUGUCAAGAAGGUCGCCGAUAAGAGCAAGACCGACAACACCCGCCAGGUCGUUGAGUCGCUCGCCAAGGCUGCCGCUACUGCCAAUUCCAAGAUUGGCGUCGACGUUGAAGCCAUUGAUGCCAUCAACAUUGACAACGACACGUUUGUCGAGCGUAACUUUACCGCCUCUGAGCAAGAGUACUGCCGCAAGGCACCCAGCCCCCAGGCCAGCUUUGCCGGUCGGUGGAGCGCCAAGGAAGCCGUCUUCAAGUCCCUCGGUGUUCCUAGCAAGGGUGCUGGCGCUCCUUUGAAGGACAUUGAGAUUACUAGCGACGAGAAGGGUGCUCCCGUUGUCACUCUCCACGGUGAUGCCGCUGUCUCUGCCAAGCAAGCCGGCAUCAAGUCUGUUGAUGUCAGUAUCUCACACAGCGAUGCCCAGGCUAUUGCCGUCGCCGUGUCCAAGUUUUAGAUUUGGUCAUGUGGCAGAGUCCGAAGAAUGGUCGCGGACGAUAUGGUUGAAGUUAAUGCUUUGGGAUGAACUUAUCCCUCCACGUAUGAGAGGCACUUUUAUAAUUAUUGUUUGAUGCUUCAAAGUCCAGCCGGGUAAUAUUUUUUUUUGCUGGCGCUUUUUCACUU